AUGCAGCCGUCGAUCUGCACCGCUUUCGCUCUUGUGCUCUCCUUGACGACUGCGACUGGCCAUUGGAAGGGCCCAAGCCAUCCUUCGUGGGAUUUGAGGCAGUUCAAGUCUCUCGUCACCUUUGGAGACAGCUAUACCGAUGAGAAUCGCCUCGGUUACUUUGGUGCCAACAAUGGCAGCGCACCGCCAACAGGAUGGGUAGAGCCGAUGUCCUUCAACACAGCCGGCGGCGGCAUCACCUGGGCCCGCUGGGUCUCCAUCUACACCUGCACCACCCUCUGCAACUACGCCGUCUCCGGCGCCGUCUGCUCCAACGCCCUCACCCCGCGCACCUGGGACGCCGUCCACGCCCCCUUCCCCGACAUCGCCGGCUACGAGCUCCCCGCCUUCACCGCCGACGCCGCCUACAUCGUCCCCGCCAUCCCCUCCGCCCCUGCCCACCGCUUCCUCUCCAUCCCACCCCAGUCCACCGUCUACGCUACCUGGAUCGGGACUAACGAUCUCGGCGCCAGCGCCUUCCUCACCGACUCCCAGGUCGCCGGCAAGACGAUCGCCGACUACAUCGACUGCGUGUACGCGGCCUUCGAUGGGAUCUACGCGGCUGGUGGGCGCUACUUUGUUCUCAUGAACGCCGCGCCGCUGCAGCUCGCGCCGUUGUACGCGACGCCGCAGAACGGGGGACUGGCGAAGAGCAAGUACUGGGGCGACAAGCCGGCUAAUAUCACGCAAGUGAGCUAUCGGAUGUGGGAGACGGUCGUGGGCGUGAAUGCCAUCUUUGCGGCGCGCACGCCGCUGGAGUUGUUAGUUAAGAGGAGGUAUCCCGGCGCGAGGUUUGCGGUGUUUGACGUUAAUUCCCUGAUCACGGACAUCUGGAACCACCCCGACACCUAUCUCAACGGCACUGCGCCCGCGAACGCGACGGGGUUCGUGCAGCACUGCGACCUCACUGGUUCAGAUUGCACGCUGGAUGCGAGCCCGGACUCGUUCCUGUGGUUCGAUGAGCUGCAUCCGAGUCAGCAGGCGGAUCGGGUGAUUGCGAAAGCCUUUGUAGACGUUGUGGAGGGGCAGAGCAAGUGGGCGACGUAUUGGGCAUGA